CCCACAAGUGGAGCAGCACCAGCAGUAUCAGGAAUUGCUAGAUACCAUUUGACGGGCGUCGCGUAUAACGUGAACCGAGCAAUAUAGACGGUGAUUUGCUUGGGGAGCCCGGAUGGACCUCUUCACAAAAUCAGGAGAGUAAUCCGGUGGACGACGUGGCUCGUCUUUGGACUGAUGAUGUAUCGUUUCCAUUGUGCUUGGACGAGAUGAACGUUCAAUCCCCUGCAAUUGGCUUGAGGCUCUCAGAACUCUUAGCUAUGAAGCCUCCGACAUCUCCAGAGCUCUGUGACCUGAGAGACACCCCUAGCCAUGAUAAUUCAAAAGGCCCAGAGAUUCAGCCACAGAAACAAGCAUACUCCAGCCUGCAUUCCAUCAACUUUAACAUCGAACAAAACAAGACCACAUGUGACAGUGCCACCAAGACACUCCUACCAUUUGAAACCGUCCAUACAGAUUGCUAUAAUGAAAAUCAGCCACAUGCAAUCUUACAGUCGCAGAAAGAGGCCAUAUCAAUAUGCACAAGGCUACUCAACUGCAAGGGUUGUAGUCGACGCUCCGAGCUCAUUAAGCUGGUCAUGGCGAUAUGUCGUGCCCUGUUACGUGGCGUAGAAAGUUUGUUUCCCCAUUGUAGCUAUGAGGUGCGUCAAGAUUACCGGACCCCGCCGAAUAGGGCCCAUACUAUUCUGGAAACAUUCGGAUUGGGACCUGGAGAUUGGACAAUGAAGACGAAUUUGAGGCAAUUCGUAGUUUGUUGACCACUCAAAUGUCCCGCCUCGGUACGCUAAUCCACCAGGUCAAAUGUGUCGUUCAUAUUAACAACUGGCUCGGUCACCAGAAGAUUGUACAUGAGAUUGUGGGCCACUUUAGGCUAGCUACAUCUAUGGUAGAAAGGACACUGUUAAGAAUUUAAUGAUUUCUCC